GCGCGCGCACCUCUCAAAAAAACCCGUCUAAAGACAUGUGCCUGUGAUACUCACACUAUGUAUCGCCUAGUGUUUACCAUCCUAAUUUUAAGUGCAGCCUGUUACUGUAACGAUUUAAAUGACACUAAAGGAAGUGCCCGCGAAGAAAAGCUCCGCAGCGCUUUAAUCGACGCAUUUCAGAACAUCAAAAAAUCUUCAGCUAAAGGUGGUAUUGAAGAUUCCGAUUUGAUAGGUUCGAUAUCAAAUUCGAGAAAUGCGAAAGUUAAUGACGACUCGUUCGAUUUAUUUGCCGAUGAAGAUGGUCUAACGUUCAACGAAGGUGCGACUACAGAUAAGCCCAUUUCGACAACGCAGAAGUCGCACAAUGUCCAGCAUAUUAAGACGAUUAAGAUAGAGAAAUCAACGAUUGUGCCGAAAGAUGUAGUGGACGUGCAGAUAAGUAACGAGACGGGCAUACCAAUGAGGCUAGAACAAAAUGAAACCCAUCUUCUUGGAUUAGAGAGUAUGCUGAGAGUGAUUGAUGCUCCAAUUUUGGUUGCACAGUGGAACAGAUUGCGAGAAAACGUGACGGGGCAAUGCAGAGAGGACAUGCAGGAGUACAUCGAAGGACUUAAGGAUAGCCUGUUAUGGGCUUUAAAAAUGGAAGAUGCAAGCGGCCGCUACACGUCCAUGUUCUACUGGGGCAACAACUAUUGGACCGGUUCUGCCGAGCUUUGCCAGAUCCUCAAUGAACAACAUGCUUCACAUCACAAUAAUCGCAGCGGAGGCUCGCAAAUAUUUAGCGAAUGGCGCCAAGACGUGUCUAUGUCAGGACUAGGCCCUCCUUUCGAUACAGCGUUCUACAAUGUACGAAUGAAAGUUACCACAGAUCUACACGACAUUAUUAAAACUCGGCGCACAAUUCACCUCGGCCUAUGUUUUCCUCGCGCCUGCAGCCGUGAGCAGGUAGGAGCACUGGUGAAUGCAGUCCAGUCUCCAUACCUUCAUCACACGGUGCUCGCUGUUCGGUCGCCAGAACAUGGCGGCUACACAUACAUCGAGGAUCCUACCUUUCAAAUUUUACUAGGUGUAUGCUGCUUAGUAGGAGUUCUACUUAUAUCCGCUACCAUUUACGAUGAGAUCCUCUCCCGUGAGGUUCGCGCGCGGAGGCGUCGCGUCGAAAAUAUGUCCGUCGAAACAGGCGCACAUUUACACCCGCUUGAUGCCAUAACCGUAUCUAAAGGAAAAUCGAUGUACAACGUAAACAACAACAUUACGAUAAACACUAAUAACUCCGAGGAACGUCUCACAGGAGAAACUGCGUCUACCGAUGAAGAACUUAAGCUCAGUGUAUGGUCAGAACUGCUGUUGUCAUUCUCCAUGAAGGCCAACAUUCUGCAAAUCUUCGACCAGUCAGUCGGUGCUGAUACUGUGCCUGUUGUCCAUGGUCUACGCUCGCUCUCCAUGGUCUGGGUUAUAUUUGGACACACCUGCAUUGUAGUUUUUAAGUAUGCAGACAACACGGCCCUCAGAGCUAUACUUGAAAAAAGCUUCUGGUUCCAGCUCAUUAUUAGCGCAGUUUACAGCGUUGACACAUUCUUCUGUCUCGGUGGUAUGCUGGUGUCAUUCCUGUACUUUCGAACUAAUGCGAAGGGAAAAUUGGAAAGGCUAACUAAAGGUAGACGCAAGUUCACCGCUGGGGUACUUCAAUUCCUUGGACUCAUGGGAUACAGAUUCGCAAGAUUGACAGCUCCAUACCUGUUCAUGCUUGGUGUGGUAGAAGUAACAAUGAAGUGGUUCGCACAUAAUGCUGUAUUUGACCCACCAGCGAUGGACCACGAAACUUGCCCAAAAUAUUGGUGGAGAAACCUUCUCUAUAUAAACACACUCUUUCCGGUUGACCAAAUGUGUAUGUUAUGGAGUUGGUACCUAUCUGACGACACACAAUUCUACGCAGUCAGCGCUAUUUUACUCAUCUUAGCAACGAGCCAAUUCAAACUAUCAUUGAUCCUGACGGGCUUUUUCUUCCUAUCGUCACUCUUUACGACCGGAUAUGUUUCUUGGACAAGUCAACACAUUCCCAAUAGCGAAGAUCCGUUUACACAGUUCGACAAAAUCUAUGACAAACCAUGGACAAGACUGGGACCUUACCUAGUGGGCAUGGCGACUGGUUGGAUCCUAUUUAAGACUAAUUUGAAGAUUAGGAUGAGUAGGAUUUGGGCAAUCGUAGGUUGGGUAGUAUGUACUGGAACCCUUCUAUUCCUGAUCUUCGGCCUCUACCGGACUGAGUUGAGCGUGGGAAGUGCAGCAGUAUACAGCGCCUUAUCGCACUCUUUGUGGGCUGCCUGUAUAGGAUGGAUCAUUAUUGCCUGUUCCACUGGUCACGGAGGAUGGGUGCGUCCGUUGCUGUCAGCGCCGGUACUGUAUCCGUUUUCCCGCGUAACAUACUGCGCGUACUUGGUACAUCCCGUUGUGCUACGAGUGGUCGCCAUGUAUCUCACACAUCCGAUACAUCUUGGAGAGAUGCUUGUUUUCGUUCUUUUCUUGGGUCUUACUGUGAUAUCCUAUUUCCUCGCGUUCGUGAUCUCCGUAGCUUUUGAAGCACCCAUCGUCACAAUGCUCAAAAUAGUUGCACCACAGAAGAAACCGCAUCGGGUUUAAAACUUAUUUAUAAUAUAGAGAAAAAUUACCAACGAAUGUUGAUGUGCAAGAAAUUAGCUUUUUACAUUUUGUCAGAUUUAGCUCUCUAGGUUUAAAAGGCGCAAACACGAUAUUUUUAAAGUCGCAGUCACAUGAAACCGUAUCAAUAGAAAAUUAUUGUGGUCAAGUUUACGAUAGUCAGAAUAACUUGAUAAACUCAAAUUGCUAUUAAGUUGCUAUUCACCAUUUCGAAGCUGAGAAAUGUUUAAAAACAUUGUCCAAAAUUAAACUAAGAAAAAUACAGCUUUCAGUUUGUUUAAAUCUAUUAAUUCAAAAAUAUAAUUCAAACCAAAAGUAUGAAUUUGCAAUGGCAUUAUAAUAUCCAUUUUUAUUAUUAAAUGAAUGGUCGUGUUUGCUGGCGUAGAAAUUAGUCACUGGUUUGCACGGACUUCGCAGAUGUUUGAGUGUUUUCUCUUAAUACUCUAUUAAUUAUUGUUAAGUACAACAGAUAUAUUACGUUUCUGAAAUUCAUCUGACAGUUAUCAUAAUAGAUAGUUAUUUGGCGCGUAAAUUUGUCAAUGGAUUUGAAUAUUGCGUAUUUUAUUUAUUAUUGCUCAAAAGACAACAAAAAUUGUUGUUGUUUUUCAAAAAUUGUCAGAAUGUGACCGUAUAAUAUUUGAUCACAUUUUUGUAUACAUUAUUGUUUUAUGGAUGCAUAUUGUUGUAAUAUGUGGGACUAAUCGUAUUGCUAACUGAAACGCAGACGAGCAAGAAUUAUGUGCCGAACAUGUCAAAAGUUAAUCUAUGUUUAAGUUUGUCUUAGUGAUUGUAAUGUAAACACUAAGUUCCAAAAAUGUAAAU